AUGCCACAGAUCCAACUUGGACUAUACAUGAUGAGUGGCAGAGAAGCCACGCAAUCUGUUCGAUGGGCGCUGGCUGCUGGAUACAGGGGCUUUGAUUGCGCGCAAAUGUAUCACAACGAGCGAGAGGCGGGGAAAGCCAUUCUUGACUUCCUCGCCAGCGACGAGAACACACACGGCCUGACGCGCGAGGACAUCCACUACACCACGAAGCUUGCCAGCUGUAGCACUAGCUACGAUGCCGUUAGGCGGAGCAUCAAGAAGUCUGUGGAUGUGUGCGGGCUGGGCUAUGUUGACUUGAUGUUGCUACACAGCCCAUACGGAGGCAAUGAGGCGCGGCUGACGAGUUGGAAGGCCCUGGAGGAUGCUGUUGAGGCCGGCGAGGUCAAGAUGGCUGGCGUCAGCAACUUUGGAAGCAGACAUAUUGAAGAAUUAAUGGCUGCCCACCCCACGGUUCAUCCUGUGGUGAACCAAAUCGAGGUCCAUCCAUUCAAUACCCAGACUCGUAUCCGAGAGACCUGCUCGAAACACAACAUCGUCAUUGAGGCUUAUGCACCAUUGGCUAGAGCGAUGCGCAUGAGGCACCCCAAAAUCCUCGAGCUGGCCAAGCAGUACACAUGUACUCCAGCUCAGCUUUUCGUUCGGUGGUCUCUACAACACGACAUGAUCACGCUUCCUAAGAGCUCCAAGAAAGCCCGUCUCAUCGAGAAUGUGAAGGUCAAUGAAUUCGAGAUCUCGGAGGCAGACAUGUCACUAAUGGACAGUCUGGAUGAGGGUCUCGUCACUGAUUGGGAUCCAACGGAUGCUCCUUGA